AUGAACAUCUCCGAGGCUGUUCGCAAAUCUUUUCGGCGAUCUUUUCGAACCAAAAGCAGAUUCCCCGUGGUUCAAGAGUACUCGAGAUUGUUGCCUGGAGAGGAGAGGAUCAGGGAGAAUGUGCUGGUCGAGGGUGAGUGAACAUUCAAAAAAUUGUACAUGUGAGUGCCGAGAUAAAAAAAAAGAGGACAGACGGUCAGAGAAAAAACCUUUUUGACAUUUCUGUGCGCGGAUAGAUCAGUUUUAAAUUGAUGUUCCAAACAGUGGGUCAUUUUUUCAUCUCAAGAUCCACCAAGAAAUUAAAUUUUUGUUUUAUAUGGCCCUAAAAAUCUUGAUGAUUUCUGUAAAACGCAAAUUAAAAAUUUCAAUUGCCUCUUCAAAAAUUUAGAUAUUAAUUUUUGCCAAGUUUUUUCUAACCCAACCGUUAUUAACUCAUUCAAUUUACAGCCCCAAUCACAAGACCACAAGACCCUGAAGUGAAGAUAAUCUCGGAUCUCUUGACCCGAGGAAAGCGACUGUCCAAUGAUGGGAAAUGCUAUGGAACUCUUGAUGAAAACCGUAAUAUCAUCUGGUCGAAAUACAGUGAAGUUAUCGAGAUGGUGGAGGCAAUUGGUUCGGGGUUAAUUGAGCUUGGAAUUGAGGCCAGCCAAGAGACAAAAAUUGGAGUAAUUGGGAAAAACUCGAAGGAAUACGCGAUGGUUGGGCAUGUGUGUAGUGCAUAUUCGAUGGUCAUGGUCCCAUUGUAUCAUAAUUACAAGUUCCAGGAGAUUCAGUGAGCUCUUUUAGAAACUUCGAGAUUAUUUUAGUUUAGUGUAGCUUCUAUCCGAAGAUAUUUAUUUUGCAGGCAAAUUGUUGCAAAAUGCUCAAUUCACGUGUUAUUCUGCGACUCCGUGGAGCUCGCUGAGAAAUUUAAAGAUGACGCAAACAUUAAGCACUUAAUUAUUCUGAACCAUAUCGAUGAUAUUGUACUUGGCGAUGACUCAAAGGUAAAUUGGCCAUCUUUCAUGCGAAAUCCAUACUGGUUCUCGAUUAAUUUAUCGUUUUAGAUCAUCUCCUGGCCUAGUCUCCUUGAAAAAGGUCGUUCUUCCCCUCAUUCUCCACUUCCCGCUCAGCCAUCGGACAUUUACAUGAUUUGUCACACCAGUGGAACCACUGGUUACCCCAAGGGCGCUAUGAUCAGUCAUCACGCCAUUUUGACAGCCAUGACCGGCACUUACAUCAAUUGGUUCUCGGAGGCCAACAAGCUCACUUUAUCCCCGUCGGAUGUCUACAUUUCCUUCUUAUCCUUGGCCCAUGUUUAUGAACAAGUUAUGGAGGCGAUCUUGCUCUUUAGUGGAGGGCAGAUUGGCUUCUAUAGUGGUGAUAUCACCCGCUUAUUGGACGAUAUUCAGUCUUACCGACCGACUGUUGUCGCUUUUGUCCCAAGGGUUUUGGAAAAAUUCAAACAAAAAAUUGAGGCCGGAUUAAAAACGAAACCAAUCUUCGUCCAGAAACUGAUUUCUUUGGCCAUAAAAAAGAAGACCGAAAUGCUGAAUAAGAAGGUGCUGAGCUACAAAACGUUUGCCGACACUCUUCUCCGACCAAUUCAUAAGAUUUUCGGAGGGAAAUUACGGCUGAUCAUCACUGGCGGAGCCCCAAUUAGCAGUGAUUUGAAGACGUUCAGCCGAGUCAUUUACGGCUGCCCCUUAUUGGAGGGGUAUGGACAAACCGAAUGUGUGGCGGCUGGAACUCUGAGUUUGGUUGGUGAUACAGAGGCUGGGCAUGUUGGAGGACCCAGUGCUUGGUCACAAGUAAGAAAUUUUUCGAAUUUUUAACUCUGUACUAUAUAAAAAUGUCAAGUCUACAACAAAAAUCUAAGCUCACCAAUAUCUUUUCGGUUUGCAGAUCAAGCUUGUCUCCGUCCCCGAGAUGUCCUACGACGCUUCCGAUGACAAAGGAGAGAUCUGUUUUCGAGGCCCGGCUUUAAUGUCCGGCUACAUUGGAGAGCCCGAAUUAACCGAGCAAACGAUCGAUAAAGAAGGAUGGUUACACACUGGAGAUAUUGGCUGUUGGUUGCCAAAUGGAGCCUUGAAGAUUAUCGACAGGAAAAAGAACUUCUUCAAACUUGCCCAAGGUGAUUUUGUCUCGCCCGAACGAGUCGAACAAAUCUAUGCAAAGCACCCAGCCGUCACUCAAAUAUUUGUCGAUGGGAAGGGAACUGAGGCCUUCUUGGUUGCCAUAAUUGUUGUAGAUGAAGGAUCGAUUAAGAAAAUCGCCGAGGACUUGGGAACUGUAAGAUUUUAUAUUAUCCAUGACCUAAAAUUGAUUUAAAAAAUCUAUUUUUUCCAAAUAUUAUCGUAAUUUUCAGGACCCAUCCAAUCUAAAUAACAACGUGAUCCGUUCCAAAAUCCUCUCGGAUCUUCGGGAACUUGGUCGUGAAGGUGGAUUGAGCAGCUUGGAGCAAAUCCAGAAUCUCCAUUUGGUCUCGGAAGAGUUUGGGCUGGAGAACGGACUCCUAACUCCGACUUUGAAGAUGAAAAGGAACGAAUUGCGGGCCAAAUACCAGGAUGUGAUCAGCAAUCUUUAUCAACAAUCACUUCUUCAACAAUAA